AUGCUAAGCUUCAUAGACGAUGAGGAGGCUGAUGAGACACCACAAGCCUCGGAGCUGCAGUUCCCGCAGCUACCGCAACAGCAAGAGCCGCAGCAGCAGCAGCGGCGCCGUUUGCUCGCGCCCAGAAGCAACAGCAGCAACGACAACAACGGCAGCAGCAGCAGCAGCAGCAACAGCGAUGGCUCGUUUCCAGUCCCGGUGUUUCGGCCCCGUAUGCGACGUCAAGGACAGCAGCAGCAGCAGGAGCAGGCGAUAGGCCCUUCCGUGAAGCCGUCUCUGACGCACAAAGAGUUCCUCGCUCGUCGCGCUGCGGAGUUUGCUGCAGCAGCAGCAGAAUCAGCAGCUUCAAAAUCUGCAGCAGCAGAUGGUGCAGCAGGUGCUGCUGGCAUUGGUGAGGUUUCUGGGGGGCCCCCGAAGCGUCAACGGCGCACCGGUUGGUCGGAGGCUGAGGAGGCUGAGAAGCUUCAAGAGGGGCAAAGCUCAUCUGGCUGGGGGCCCCCUGUAGAUCCGAAGGUACAGGAGGAGAGGCGAAAAGCAAUUGAAUUGGCGUUGGAGGGGGAGAAGAGGCGUGUAGCUACGUCUGUCCCGACGACAGAAGAAGAAGAAGCAGAAAGGGCUUUACAGCGAAUGUGGUACGACCGCGACGACAGCUCGGGCUUGCAGCUGGGCGACUACGAGGAGGAGGAUGUUCAUCAUCUGGCGAAAGAGGAAAAGUUGAAAAGUUUGAAAGGGGGGGCCCCAGCGGGGGCCCCAGGGCGCUCUCUAGCAGAGAUGCAGAGACACCGAGACAACGAGCUCUGGGAAGAGCUGCUGAUGAAUAGAGGAGGGGCGGGCCAGCGUCGCGAGUUGUCGUUAGAAGAAGAAGAUGCAGAAGAAACAGAGAAGGAACAUGUUAUUUGCAGACAGUUGCUGCCUCCCUUUCUUUCGGGGUAUAAACCGUCCGAGAGAAACGUUAGCGUCGUUAGAGAUGCAACAAGUGAUAUGGCGACAUUAGCAAGGAAGGGAAGCGCAGUGUUACGCUACACAAAAGACAGAGAAGACAGAGCAGCAGUGCGUCAGCGUUUCUGGGAGGUCGCGGGUUCGACUCUCGGCAAGUUGCUGCAGGGUGCGGAGGGGCGUGAUGCAGCAGCAGCAGCAGAGGAAGCAGCAGCAGCAGCAGCAGCAGCGGAAGAAGCGGAAGCAGCAGCAGGGGGGCGACGCAGCACCCGCGAAGGCUACGCUGCUGCGUUUGUAGCUGCUAAAGACGCACAAGUUUCUGCUUUCUGCACGCAGCAAACAGUGCAGCAGCAGCGGCAGUCCCUCCCUGUCUUUAAGGUUCGAGAUGAAUUUAUUGCUGUUUGCAGAGAACACCAAAUUGUUGUUGUAGUUGGCGAGACAGGCAGCGGGAAGACAACGCAGCUGACGCAGUAUCUCUUAGAAGAAGGAUAUGCAACAUCGCCUGCUGCUGCAGCAGCAGCAGCAGCAGCAGCAACAGCAGUGCCACUCAGAACUACCUCGAGAUCCGCAGCAGCAGCAGCAGCAGCAGCAGAAGCAGAAGCAGCAGCAGGAGGAGCAGCAGGAGCAGCUUUAUUUUCUACUGGCAUUAUAGGCUGUACGCAGCCAAGGCGCGUUGCUGCUGUCUCUGUUGCUAAGCGUGUAGCGGAGGAGAUGGGGGUUGAGUUAGGCACCACUGUCGGUUAUUCGAUACGUUUUGAAGAUUGCACUUCGCAAGAAACUGCAAUUAAAUAUAUGACAGACGGUGUACUACUCAGGGAAAGCCUCAGCGAUCCAGAUCUUGAUAAAUACAGCUGCAUCAUCAUGGAUGAAGCACACGAAAGAUCACUAAAUACAGAUAUAUUGUUUGGAGUGCUGAAGGGCGUAGUUAGUCGGCGUCGAGAUUUCAAAUUGAUAGUGACAUCUGCAACGAUGGAUGCCGAUCGUUUUUCUUCUUUUUUCGGGGGGGCUGCGAUAUUUAAUAUCCCUGGAAGGACAUUUCCAGUAGAAGUUGAGUUUGCGCGGUGUCUGCCCGAUGAUUACGUUGAUGCUGCAGUGCAGAAGUGCCUCUCAAUUCACUGUAGCACGCCUUGUGGGGGGAUGGCUGCUGCUGCUGCUGCUGCUGCUGGGGAGGAUCCAGCAGGAGCACCAGCAGAUGAAGAAGGAGGAGGAGAUAUUCUUCUAUUCAUGACAGGGCAAGAUGAUAUCGAGGUGUCUUGCAUUCUUCUCGCUACCCGUCUAGAGCAGCUAGGGGAGCGCGCUCCCCCGUUAACAAUUCUUCCUAUAUAUUCGCAGCUUCCUGCUGAUCUUCAGGCGAAGAUAUUCGAACCAUCUAAGUUUAGAAAAGUAAUUGUUGCAACAAAUAUCGCUGAAACUUCGCUGACUGUAGAUGGCGUGCGCUAUGUUGUGGAUUGCGGGUUAUGCAAGUUGAAGGUGUUCAAUCCUUCAAUAGGUAUGGAUUCAUUGCAAGUUACUCCGAUAUCUCAAGCGAACGCAAACCAGAGAAAAGGAAGAGCAGGACGUACGGGCCCCGGCAAGUGCUAUCGUCUAUACACCGAAACGGCAUUUAUUCGAGAAAUGCUGCCUCUUACAGUACCUGAAGUACAGCGCACCAACCUAAGCAAUGUUGUACUCCUGCUUAAAAGCAUAGGCGUACAGAACCUGCAAGACUUCGAUCUUAUUGACCCUCCUCCUCAAGACAACCUUCUCGAUGCGAUGUUUCAACUUUGGAUACUGGGGGCUUUAGAUAACAACGGAGGCAUCACGCAAACGGGACAAAAAAUGUCAGCGUUUCCUUUGGAUCCUCCCCUCUCUAAGAUGCUGCUGGCUGCAGCAGAACUCGGGGGGGUUAGCGAGCUCGUGUCUAUCGUUUCUCUUCUCUCUGUUCCUUCUAUCUUCUUUAUUGCAAAGGAGAAGCAACAAGAAGCAGAAAGCCUAAAGGAGAAAUUCUUCGUUCCUGAAAGCGAUCACUUAACGCUCCUCAAUGUCUUUCAGCAGUGGAAACGCGCAAAGUGCAGCGCGCAAUGGUGUUUAAAACACUUCGUACAACCGAAGGCGAUGCAGAAGGCGCGUGAAGUUCGCGAUCAGUUGGUGGACACGAUGAAGCAACAAGGAAUACCCGAAGUAUCUUGCGGGACGGACUGGGAUGUGCUUAGAAAGGCCAUCUGCGCCGGGUAUUUUCAUCAUGCUGCUAAACUUCGAGGCAUAGGAGAAUAUGUAAACUUGAGGACUUCAGUUCCCUGUCAUGUUCAUCCGACUUCGGCUCUCUACUCAGCUGGAUACACACCUGAAUACGUCGUCUACCACGAACUUCUCCUCACCACCAAAGAAUACAUGAGAAAUGUGACAGCGGUAGACGCGCGCUGGCUGGCGGAGCUGGGGCCGAUGUUUUUUUCAAUUCGCAAAAUGGGGAUGGGGGGAGGAUUACUGCAGGCAGAGGAAGAUGCAGCAACAGCAGCCUUUGAGGCCCAAAUGCAGAAAGAUGCGCUGCGGCUGCAGCAGCAGCAGGAGGCAGUAGCAAAAGCGUCACAGCGCGUGCAUGUUGAAGCAACAGCAGGCCGUCGGCCAAAGACAGCAACAGCAGCAGCUGCAGCAGCAGCAGCAGCAGCAGCAGCAAUAGCAGCAGCAGGAGAGAACGCUGAGACAGAGGGCAACGGUGUACUAAACAACCCAACAGACGAAGAAGACGAGGCUGCCGUCCUCAAACUAAGACGGCUCCGCACGAAGGUUUCUCCUCAGCUGCAUCUGCGGGCUGUAAAGGUAGAAGAAGAUGAAGAAGCAAAGCCCGAGCAGCAGCAGCAGCAGGCAGCAAAUGCUGCCAAGCCCCAGCAGCAGCACGAGGCAGCGAAUGUAGCCAAGCAGCAGCAGCAGCAGGCAGCAAAUGCAGCCAAGGAGCAGCAGGAAAGAGCGAAACGACCGAAAGAUGAAUAG